UUGUAAGACGAGCAAUAUGAAGACAGUAUGUGGCACUGUGGUCUGUUUCAUCUUUCUCGCACUGCACGAUGGAAACACUGGUCAAGUCAAAAGAGGAAGUCCCACCUAUAGAAGAAGGGAAGGAGAAAACAUCAGAGUUGAAUGCAAAUUUUCUUACUCUGGAACCAAGAAGUUCUUCUGUAAGGGAAAAUGUGAAAAAAGAAAUAUCCUAAUUGAAACAACAAAGAACGCAGCUAAAAAUGACAGAUACAGCAUUCAGUAUGUAGAAAAAAGUGUUCUGUCAUCUGAUAUUCUGUAUGUGAGCAUCGGUCAGCUGAAAAAGUCGGACACAGGACCAUACAUGUGUUUGAGUAAAACCUGGCUUGGUGAUCUGAGCCAUGAGUUUUACAUUCUUGUCACAGAAGGCUCAACAACAAAAACAGAAACAGCAACAACAACAACAUCAACAACAAAAACAACAAAAGCAAUACCAACAACAGAGACUUCAGUCUUCAGUUCAGAAAGUGCUGGAGUUUCAUCAGUGUCCCCCGAAACCUCAAAACAGCCCCAGAGAUCGCCUGCAAGUUCAGCUGCUGCAGGUAUGCUUCCUUAUGUGGGUCUGUUUCUGGCCAUUAUGAUCAUCCUCUUCUCGGCAGCUUUGCUGAUUUUCUGCAAGAACAAGAGGGCCAGUAAAGACAAAGGACCUUUGGAAAAUGAAAAUGGUGACAUCACACAGGUGAACCAGCUCUAUGAAGAGAUCAGAGAAAUGGACACUUUGCCUCCCCUGGGUGUGUCCUCAGCUUACACGUACCCCAAAUACUCCCAAUCACAUGGAUUUGAAAACAUAGACUUCCACAGCCUCAGCACCCCUCCUCAGAACACAGCUGAAGACAACUCAAGUACUCUUCAUUACUCUGAAAUUGAUUUUUCCCACAUUCCUGCCACCAACAGCGCUCCAUCUCGUAAUGCAACUGAUGCUAUUUACUCCACACCUGUGGUAUAUACCAGCCCUUCCAGCCACACCAAAGAUUCUUCAUCUCCUCUGUACUCAGCAGUUUAAAAACGGUAUUAAUGCUGCCGAUGGCACCUUCCCUCUCACAAAGAUCAACAGGUGUUCGUAAUUCAUAGAAAAUGAGGUUCUUUUCUGCUUAUUUAAGUGAACUGAAUGUUCAAACUAUUAGCCUCGGAUUAAUUUAUUUAAUUACUUAGUAAUAUCUACUUUAACUUAACAGAUAAUUGCAUGCAUACUUCUUGGAAACUGGAGUAUUUUCCAUUAACAAAUACAGGAAAACCCAACUGACAUGGAACAUCCAUUGCUGUGUGAGAGCAUGCAGUGGUCUCAGCUCAGUCAGCAGGUUGUUCUUGGAGAAACAUCCAUAAAUGGAGUUAGCAAAACAGCUUCUUUCACAUAUAGAAAUUUACCUCAAGUGAUGUCUUUCUUGCCCAAACCCAACAAAACUGAGACUGAAAAGUGAAUAAUGGCAUGAAAAGCUGCAGAAAACUCAAAAACAUUGUGUCAGAAAACCCUAAAGACAAGUUCACUAGAGACAGUUUCUGUAUACUUUCUGUUGGCAAUGUAAACAAGCAAAAAAAACCAAAAAAAAAAAUGGGUGAAUUGAUUUAAAAUAUUCUUUUAAUAAAGCUUUUGGGACUGUGCUCUUCUUGCCUCAUUAUCCAGUGUUUUCGAUCAUACUUGGCUCCCAUAAUCUCUAUAAUACAUGGCGCAGUCUUAUUGUUCAGGCCUGAAAGUGAAGCUGAUUUGGAAGGUUCAACAAAUCCAGCAAAUCCAACCACAUGUUAGACUUUAAUGUGAAGAUGCCUAAAUCCACAGAUGAAACAAAAUGCAACCCACCAUAAAAAAACAAAUAAAUGAGCAAAACACCAAAUUGAAUUAUAGGCCCCCAGCUUUGCUCACAAACCUGCUUGUUUGUGUAAUUUUGUACUGACACAGACACUGAAAGUACUGUGUUAAUUGUUUUUAUAAUCUUAACAAUAUCACAGUUCUGUGGGUUAUUGGAUUUGCACAAGGAUCUUUGUGUUCUUAUUUUAGUUUGCUUCACUGUGCUCAACCUGAUUUUUAAAUCUUAAUUAAA